AUGUAUUUAUUUCAGUUCCUUCAUUUCCAAUCGACUUUUAUUUGGAAUUUUUCUGACUUGUUUGUGAUAUGUAUGAGUUACUAUUUGACUUCAAGGCUGCAAUAUGUAAAUAAAAAAUUACUGGCAGCUCAAGGAAAGUAUCUACCUGAAGUAUUUUGGCGCACCAGUCGCGAGGAGUACGGCCGGGCGGUACAACUAGUGAGGAAGGUAGAUGACGUCAUCAGCGGAAUCGUAUUCAUUUCAUUUGCAAAUAAUCUUUUCUUUAUUUGCCUCCAGUUAUUUAAUACAUUGGAAAAUGGCAUCAAGGGUGCAGUUUCAUGCAGAAGCGGAAAGCAAGGGUCCACCAUACUCGGAGGCUACGAAGCAGCAGUGUACUUUCUGUUCUCGCUCAUAUAUCUAAUAUCUCGUUCUGUGGCCGUAUCACUGAUCGCCUCUCAAGUCAACAGUGCUUCCACUGUGCCUGCGUCUGUCCUGUAUGACGUACCAUCUCCAGUUUACUGCUUGGAGGUUCAAAGAUUCUUAGAGCAAGUAAAUGGUGAGAAAAUAGCAUUGAGUGGUCUACAAUUCUUCAGUGUAACAAGAAGUCUACUUUUAACGGUUGCCGGAACUAUAGUGACUUAUGAGCUGGUUAUGUUCCAGUUUAAGUCACCGGAUCAGUAAUAUAUAUACAACUAUAAAUAGAUGUGUGUGUCUCUAUAUUUCACUAUGCAGCUGAAACUGCACGUCGCAGACCCAUAGUUACAAGACUCCCAUCGUGCACUAAAGUGGUUGAUAGUUGAUACCUAUAAGGGUGUAGAAGAUAGGGUGGUUGAAAGAUAAGAUUUAAAAAAAUGGGUGACUAUUAUUAAUCUAAAAUGAGUUGGAUUCUUCUGGAAAAUUCUAGAAUGAUG